GACUUUUGUGGCAGAGGGCCAAACAUGUUGAUGACCCCUAAGCAGUGUCAGCAAUAAAAUUAACUUACAAGAUGUAUGCUCGGAUAGUAGCUUGGCCCAUGCUCGUACAUACUGGUAUCCCAGCUGUGUGUGUGUGCGCGUACGCACGUUUUUCUGUCUCAUGUAGUGGAGAAGUAUACGUCGCAUCCUUUUUGACUGAAUAUUCCAGCCAGGUUUUGGCUUAGCAAAGCAAAUGGCAGUCUCUAAGGUGCAAGUCACAUGAUUUUUCUUCAUUUCAUUCAUUUUUCUUUUGGUUUUAUUCCUUUACAACUUUUGUGUACAACAUUUUACCGGCAAAGGCUUAAUUUUAAAUUCAUAUACUAUAGGAAAGUCAAUGACAUGAAAUGACAUUUUCGGCCACAAGGGGGCCAUGCCCAGGCCCCCCCUUAAUCUCAGCAUGUUUGAUUUUGGGCCAUUUUCGAGUUACUACUACCUUGUUAUCGCUUUGGCUGCCAUCGACGGCGCUGGAAGUCCAAUACCUUUUGGACUCAUGAACAUUCGUUCAUUCGCCUCACCCGGUCCAAAUGAAUCUACACUCUAAAAAAAUGAUUCAUGAGGCUAGUUGGUAUGACUUGAAAACAUGAGCUUUUUCAACAUAAAAAUGACUUUUUUUUACUAUUCAUUGUUUUAUUAAGUUGGUAACUUCUUUUAUGGAGUUAAUCAAAAUUAAAUAUUAAGAAAGACGUAUUAACUUAAAAGUAUAUUGUUUUUGAAUAAGCUUUUCUGCUUUCACGUAACAAAGGGAAAGAUUAAGUGAGUGAAAUUUAAUUUCUAUUCCAUUAUUAAGUUGGUGCAACUUCCUAAAUUCCCAUCACAUGUGUAUAUUACCACGGGAAAAGAAUUGGCCAUUUUCUGCUUCGAGCUUGCGCCAGCCAACAGGUGGAAGAAAACGGCAAUUAGGACGAACCUCGAAUUCACCCUUGGAUAAACUUCUCUCGCGGAGGAUGCUGCGACUCCUUCCCUCUCCCCUCCGGGCUCAAAAAUCAGGAAAAGCGUGUCGUUCUCGUUCUCAAGCCGGAAACGGAAGCAGGAAGGAGAGGAGACGAGAGAAGAGAAGGGAAGAGAAGACAGGACAGGAGAGGAGAGGAGAGACGUGGCCGCUCUGUCGAGGCGCCCUCCCCGAAACCCCCCUGCCUGAAACGAGAGGGGCGCCGGCCGGUGGCGGCCGACCUAGCGACGGACGAAAUCGGGAACGUGCAUCAUGGCGCUCAUUCCCUCGCAGGUGCUCCGCGUCGCCAUCCUCUUGUCCUACUUGUCCAUCCUGUGCCACUACAGGGCUCUGGACAUGCCGUCGCGCCAGACGUACGGAGGCAGCUGGAAGUUCCUGACCUUCAUCGAUCUGGUGAUUCAGGCGGUGUUCUUCGCCGUCUGCGUGCUGAUCGACGUCUCCAGCCUGCUGACCAAAGGCGGGGCUAACCGAGAACAGGAGAGGCAGCUCCGCAAGCUGAUCGGCCUGAGGGACUGGAUGAUGGCCGUCCUGGCCUUCCCCGUCGGAGCGUUCGUGGUCUUCACCUUCUGGAGUCUCUAUUUAUACGACAGAGAGCUGGUCUACCCCAAAGUGCUGGACAACUUCAUCCCUCAGUGGCUCAACCACGGCAUGCACACCACCGUGCUGCCGUUCAUCCUCAUCGAGAUGCGCACCACCCGCCACCGCUAUCCCGGCCGCCGUCGGGGCCUGGCGGCCGUGUGCAUCUUCGGCGUGGGCUACAUCCUCUGGACUUGCUGGGUGCAGCGGGUAACGGGCGUGUGGGUGUACCCGGUCCUGGAACGCAUCACGGCGCCGGCGCGCCUGCUCUUCUUCUCCGUGCUCACCGCCGUCAUUUGUGUCUUUUACGUGCUGGGAGAAAUACUCAACGGCUACAUCUGGUACCAGCCGCACACAGCAAAGGUCAAAGGUGAGUGAGUCACGCUCAGCCCACCGGGAGAUUUGUGAGCUCUGAUGGCCGUCCUUCAACAGCAACAAGCCUGCGAAGUGGACUCCCAACUUUUUGACAAGUUACUUGAACGCAGCACAUUGACAGGUCAAGUGGAUUCUGGUUUUGUAACCCUUUCUAGGGCACCGAUUGGCUGCCAUUGACGGAGCUAGACGUCUAACCCAUUUGGACAGAGACAGAGCGAACGAACGUUUGCCCCCUCCCAGUGCUAAUGGAUUGGACAUCGGGCGCCGUCAAGUGUUGCAAUAUUUGAAUUUAAAGCCGGUCUUCCCAGUUGAACCUAUUUUAGGGCUCGCUCAAUUUUUCAAAAAAUAUUGUUUUAGUGUCAUAAUAAGCAGUGUUUAUGUCUCCUGGAAAUUCACCAGGAUGCACAAAUAUCAACGGGACGUGAGGCUAAAUGAACAAGAAGUGACCUGGGAAUUGGGACCCAAAAAAAGAAGUGGUAGUCACUUGCUCUAUAAAGGGUUAAUAUUAUUAUGGGGGUGCUUAGGUGAGAUAUGAAAUGGGAUAAGUUACAAGUUUUUAUUUUAUAUUGUGUGCUGCUGCUUGUUGAUGGGAGGAAAAUGCACAAAUAGGAUGCUGAACUAAACUUCAUAUUUAUGCGAUCAAACUAUGAAAGUCAUUAAAUGUUUUACUUUAUGUCUAUUGUUUUCAUAUUUUAAAAGAUUAAACCAAUCAAA